AUGGUGGACUCGUGCUACGUGCCAUACCAAGACAUACCAGACGCACCAGGCAAGGAUGUGGAGGAGAUCAAAGCUUUAGGGCUACGCCUUUUUCCAUUCUCACCACACAGCUUUCAGCUGGCAAUGGCGGUGUAUGACUGGACGACUGCGUCGUUUGCGCGCAUGGUGCUGAUGAAAAUAUUCGAGUACACUAGCAUCCCACCAACGCCGUAUCCUCUUGACUCUCCAAAUAUCGCAAACGCAAUCUGGAAGUCAAACUGGGGCUCGUAUGUUCCGAGCAAUAAAUUCUACAUGAAUUCUUUUAUGAUGAAGCCCGCGUCUACAUUGCAAGAUGUUCAGGAUCAGCUUUGCGACGUCGAGGCUCGUCUGCAGAAGUUCAGCAUCAUUCAAAACCGGUUACUCGGUGCUGCUUUUGCGGCGAUGCCCCGCACAUCCGUCUUUUAUGCGCCACAAUUAUUCAGCGGGCAGCUUGAUAUAUCUCAGCUCAGCCUCGAUUACUUUGGCAUCGAGAUGCUAGAGUGCCCCCUCAAUGCUGGGCCGACUAGCGAGUCGCUUGUCGUGUCUUUUACGGCAGCG